AUGGUGGCAGGAAAUGGAUCCGAAAAGUGUGGUUUGCGUGCUAUCAGAUCUUCGUUGGACAUGUCAAGCUCAGAUAAGAAGAAAAUUAUGCCAGAUUGUAAGAUCAUUAAUAUUUAUGGCAUGACUGAACUACAGGGAAUAGUAGCAUCUGAUGAAAAAGUGAUUGGCAGAACUGUUAAGGGAGGUAUUUUAAAAAAUGGCUAUUUGCUCAAACUUAUCGAUGCACAUGGAGGAAACCAAUUGGGUCCGAAUGAAAAAGGUCGAUUGUGUUUGAAGUCAAUGUUUCCAUUAAUUGGAUACUUUAAAAAUGGCACAGCUUAUAAGGAACAUUUAAAAGGAGAUGGAUGGUUUACAACUGCAGAUUACUGUUACAUAGACUCUGACCAUUUACUAAAUGUUGUUAUAAGAUUCACCUUAUCUUUUGCGAUAUAA